CCACAGCUACAUGUGCGCCACAAAAAUAUUUUUGUUACCGCAACACAACAGGCCCAAAAACAUCGGUGUAAAUUUUUUGGUAAAGUUUUUGUCACAAGUUUACUUCUAAAUGGCACAAGGAAAAUUGAAAGUGAAAGCUAAACCCCCGAGUAAUGUCAAGAAAGGAGCAAAUAAAAAAGGGAAUGCAUUUAAUAAGCGAAAAAAUGCACCCAUUCAAUCAAAGAAACACAAAUUUUACGAGGCCCACAAACUGAAGCAGGCCGUUACUAAAACGGUAAACAAAAAGAAUGAGGAUGAAAUUCGCAAACUUGUUUACGAUGGUCAGAAAAACUUGAGCCAGGCCCAGCAAGCUGUUUCGGAACAUCACAAGCGCCAAGCGAAUGGAUUCGGUGCGUCAACGUCCUCAAAAUGAGCGGUUUUCUUUCUAGAAUGAGAAAGUUAUUGCGGGAAACAAAAUGUGUACAUACUUUUGAAAUAAAAUAUAGCGGUUCAUACGCAUUUUUGUUAAA